UAAACACCUUACUAUAGUUUUGCCGUUGAACAAGAACUAACACGUACAAUAAUAAGUUGAUCAAAAAUAUACAAGUGUGAGGAAAUAAAAAAUACAACCAUACAAGAUGGCAACUCAUCCUCUAGUUCCCGGUGAGCCGACUAAGACCAGCACCACCAUGCUCGAGACCGCCACUGCCGCGGUUCAGAAGUUUGGCCCUAUAAACGCCAUCCACCAGCAUCUUUGCGCGUUCCACUUCUACGGAAAUGACAUGACUCGUCAAGUAGAAGCGCACCACUUUUGCGGACACCAAAACGAAGAAAUGCGUCAAUGCUUAAUCUAUGACAGCCCCGAGGCCGAUGCCCGCCUGAUCGGUAUCGAGUACAUCGUAUCGGAGGACCUCUUCAUGACGCUGCCUGAUGCCGAGAAGCGGCUCUGGCAUUCUCAUGAGUACGAGGUUAAAAGUGGGGUGCUCUUCUUACCCGGGGUUCCGGGUGCUAUGCAGCGCCCGGACCUCGCUAAGGUGGCUCAAACUUAUGGGAAGACUAUCCAUUUUUGGCAGGUUGACCGCGGGGAUAAUCUCCCCUUAGGACUACCCCAAAUUAUGAUGGCUUUAACUCGUGACGGACAACUCUAUACUCAUCUUGCUUCAGAUGUGGAGAAGAAGUACAAUGUGAACUUUGAAAAAGAGAGAGAAAAUCGAGCAUACAUGAAGGGGUUGGAGCACGGAAUCCAUCCCUUGGCGAAUGCAGAAGGGAAAGGCCUAAGGACGGAGCUACGUGAGGUGGACUGCCAUGGUGGUGCUGGAGCUCAUUCUACUCCUAGAGUUUUUGUCUAAGCAUAAAAUGGUAGUGAUGAUCAUACUAUCAUAGAUAAAACCAACCUUUUUAUGCGCAUGUGUGUAUGCUAGUGAACUUGGUAUGUUCGGAUAUAUCUUUUUUUCAGUGUGUUUUGCAAUUUUAUGUUUUCAUCUUAUAAAUGUUUGCAAGUAGAUUACGGUAUCAAUUUAGUGCUUUAAUUUUGUGUGUGAUAAUGUGAUGUUUGGACGGGUACGUACAUAAAAUUAAAGUAUAAUACUUGUGGUACGAACUCCUUGUUAGUUUU